UCCUACCCCGGAAGCAGUCCGGGAUGAUUGGGUUGAGAUCCCACGUGAAUUGUUGGUCCACAACAUUGAUUUGAAUUUGCAUCUGGAUAUUGCAUUCAUCAAUAACACAUUCGGAUUGACUACAAUUUAUGGUAGUGUCCGAUACCGAACUUUUGUACCGCUCCGAAGCAGGACUGCGGAAUUGUUGUAUGACGCAAUCGAUCACGUGUUGCGCAUUUACAACCAUGCUGAUUUUACAAUCAAGACUAUCUACUGUGAUGGUGAAUUUAGACCAGUUUUUGAUGAUGUUAAAGAUGAGAUGAAUGUUGAUAUGAAUUAUGCGAGCCGGGGGGAACAUGAUCCCACGGCGGAACAAAACAACCAACAUAUCAAGGCGUUGUUCCGUGUCCAAUACCAUCGCAUGCCGUAUAAGGCCAUUCCGAGGAUUAUUACUGAAGCUAUUGCAAAACGAGUUGCACAGACUUCCAACUUUUACCCCGCCAAAGGGGGUAUUUCGGCUUAUUACGGUCCUCAUAUGAUUUUGUUGCAGCGCCAACUUUAUUAUUCCAAGGAAUUUGUUGCUGAACUUGGGUCGUAUGUCCAUGGCUUUGGACAUGAUACUCGCAGUGAUCAUUGGUCACGCACUAUUGAAGCGAUUUACUUGGGACCAGCUGAUAAUAUGCAGAAGGGUCACAAGCUAUAUGAUUUAAACACGAAAAGAGAGGUAACUAGACCUCGAAUUACGGUGCUCCCAAUCACUGAUCAAGUGAUCAAAUUGGUUGAAGCCCAUGCUGGUGAGGAAGGUGUUUCAGAUUUACGAAUCUAUUCCAGGCGCAAUGGAGAAGUAAUUUUGGAUGCUGAUCUGCUCGCAGGAGUGGACCCAGAUGAACUGUGGGACGAAGACUAUGUACCUGCAGAUAUUGAAAUUCCACCACCAGUCAAUGACGUGAAUUUGCGCAAGAAUGAUGCAAUCACAGAUGAAGAACUCGAAGAACUAAUCAAGGAUGCAGCUGAAGAUAUAUUGGAAUCUAGAAGAAUUGAUGGUAAGAGACAACAUGACUAUGAUGAGACAGAUAGAACUGUUGACCGCAUGCUGCAAAGAAUUAAGAGACGUCAAGAAGAAGACGAUGAAGAUGAUAUGGAUUUCGUGCAGGAUCAGCAACCUGAAAGCGAUAUAUCAUCCGUGCAGGAUCAGCAACCUGAAAACGAUAUUGAAAUGGAUGUCGAUGAUGAAGAAUUGAAAGAUAUGAUUGAUGAAGUAGCCCAUGAGUUGGAUAGAUUGAGCCAACCUAUUGAAGAAGAAAUAAUGUUCAGCGUUGAAGAUGAAGACGAUGACUAUGAGGGUGAAUAUGAUGCGGAAGAAAUACAAGUAUAUCCUGACGAAGAAGAUGAUGUUUGUGCAGGAGUGAGGUUUGAAGAAGUCCCCGUGUUGAGUACAACAAAUGAUUCAAAUAAAGACAAAAAAAGGAGAACACCAAGUGGACGAUCAUUUUAUUCAAAUGGAGUCAAGUAUCGACCCACAGAUAGGAAUCGAACUGACAGACCAAGAUAUGGACAAACGUACUUACAACGAAAGAAGCCCAAGAUCAAUUUGUUAAAGAACAGGAGUGCCAUGAGAAAGAAGGCACGGUUGAAGAGAUUGCGUAUCUCAUUAUACCAGGCUAUCGCGUCAAAGGUAAAAUCACGAAAGAAGGAAGAGUUUUGGGAUGACGACGUGUUGAGCGCUGAAGCAAGAAGAAAGAUUACUGAACGGGCGCAUAAUUUAAUGUUCCAGCAGAGUGGAACUGAGAAGAAAGCGACUUACAAUGUGGAUGAGUCGUUGGUGAUUUCAAGCGUCAUGCAACAGAUUCGUGACGAAGUGUACACAAGGGAUAGGGUGUCAUUUAUUCAGCAGUAUAUCUUAACAAAGGAUUGA